UGUAGUGGAACGACUUAAUUCGCAUUACUUCUGGUUUACUUUUCGCAGUAUAAGCAGGCCGUAGGUCGCAGCAGCUGGAGCUCAUCUUUAUGCCACGACUAUUCGAGUGUAAAACGAACUCAAUUGAUAAUAGACGUACCACGUCCCAUGACAAAGGACAGCAAUGAAGAAGACGUUUGACGGAGAGAAUGAUCUACUUACUCGGGCCAAAAUAUUCCGGGGAAGAUCCUUCGUUCUUGAGAGUGGUCGACGCGAAUAGCGUCCAAUGGUCGAGGUAGACUAGCUUAGGAGGUACGGGAGUGGACGUUGGAUCCUUCGUCACGCAUCAGUACCAAGUUAGAUGAGUACUCUCCUCCUCUGAGCUUUUCGCGGUCCCACUAUAUAAACUAAUAGCCCGGUCUAGCACGAAUGUCAGUUAACAUAUUAUUGGCCAAGAGAUCGGUCGUGAUUGCAAGAUAAGCGGAGUUUUCGAGAUAAAACGUGAUUAUAGAGUGUGUUAUAAAAAAAUAUAAAAAAGGAAUAAAAGAAGCAUCUAGAUGCUAACAAGAUGUUACUGCUGUACAUAUUAUUCUUUCUAUCAGUGCUCGUCACAGCACAGGGAUCACAAUCAAUGAACACACUGGAUAGAGAGAUACUGCGGAACGACUCUAAAAGCUCUUUAGAUCGGAUUGGUGAAAGCUUUUUGAACGGCAUUGAAACACUUUUUCCAGUUUCGAAAGCGUAUGCUGUAGAAGGGCGUAAAGAUAAGAAAUUAAAAAAAUUGAAUAAGUAUGUUCUGCCUUUAAUCAUUGGAUUUUUGCUGAUAAAAUCUAUUUUAUUGCCUAUCACGUUAAAGGCAUUGGCUAUUCUAAGUGGAAAAGCUGUUGUGCUGAGUUUGAUGAGUUUGAUCCUGGCAGCUAUAGUUGGAUUAAAAAAGGUGGCCCAAAAGGACAGCGACUACGAACACAACAAGCAUAGACGACAAGAUGUAUAUGGUUUUAUUGGUAAUGUGCAAGAAUUCGAACCUUAUCGAAUUUAUAAAGAACGACGCAGAAAGAAGUAGUGAAAAGAAAUUACAUUAAUGGACAAUAAAAUUAUUUGUUUGUACUUCGAUUAUCUUUUUUCUUAUAGUAAUGUUUGUUGUAAGAAAAUAAUUUUUACUUUAACUUUAAAUAAUUUUGAAAAGAAUUGUUAAGUAUGUCAAUGUAUGUAAAGUUAAGAACUAAAUGUAAUUAUUUGUAGCCUUUUUAAUUUUUUCUUUGCUCUAUUUAUUUAUUAUUUUAAGUUUAGUUAUAAGAUUAAAAUGUAAAAUCAAUCACUGUAAAUAUAAUAAA